CAGGUUUUCAUCUGAAGCCAACAACCAGAACACAAGCAAGAUGAUUUUCUCUGAAGCUGAGAAGACUGCAAUUGUGUCCCUCUGGGAAAAAGCAUCUGACAAUGUCAAAGCCCUUGGUGCUGAAGUUUUGGAAAGGCUAUUUCUGAGCUUCCCUCAAACUAAGAUUAGCUUCGGCCACAUCGACAUGAGCCCUGAAUCUCAAGAUCUCCAGGUUCAUGGAGGAAAACUCCUGGGUGCCUUUGGAGAGGCCACCAAAUACCUGGACAAUCUGGAUGCUGCUCUCCCCAAGCUGAGUAUCCUGAAUGCUUACCACCUGAAAACAGAUCCUGGAAACUUUAUGCUUCUGUCUUACACUAUCCAGGUGACUCUGGCUGCCAACUUCCAGGCUGAAUUUGAUGCCACCACACAGGCUGCGUGGAACAAGUUUCUUGAUGCCAUCUCUACUUUGCUUACUUCCAAGCACAGAUAAGCCUGUGGCAAAAACACAUCACAUCAAUGGACCAUUUCCAGCAAAUCCACUCCCUGUUCAUGUAAACCUUGUAAACCAGUUUUGUCUUUAUUUGAAAUAAAUAUAAACAAACCCAA